CUUUUCCUCCGGUCUAUUGCUUCUGUCUCUGCAACUCAUUCUUUUUUUCCUUCAAUUUCAUGCUAAUUUCUCUCAAUCCAUUCGAAUUUCUUUUACCUCCAUCUCAGUUCACGAGAUUUCUUUCGCUCCUGCUCUCCAUUAACUCAGGUAGGGUUGUGACGUCAUCACACCACUCAUGGAGUCAUAUCAUGGGGACCUCGAACUGAAUCUAUCCCUUUCACUGUAUUUCUUCCAUCGCUGCUCGGGUUUUUCUCACAUUUUGGCUGGAGUGCAUUUUUUCACCAAAUUUGGAUUUGAGUUGAGAAGGACCUCUGGUGGAACUGCAUUACAUGAUACAUUAGUAUCCGAUUUGCAAGAUAUGUUGGAUGCGUACAAUGUUCACGCACAAUCAUUUAGGAUGGCACGUGAUAGGUUUAAUGAGACUAACUCUAUCUCUUUGAAGAUGAAGCUUACUGGUAAAAGGAAUUUAGAUGGACGGACUAACAAUACCCCUACCGCUCGUGAGGUAGCCGCACUUAUAGAGGGGGACUUUAGUUUGAAUCGAAAAGAGAGAGAUGUUGUUCUUCAGAAGAAAUCCGGAAAGUUUCAAAUUAUAUCUGAAUGGAAUCCUUCUUUUCUAGGAUUACAAUAUUUGUUACUUUUCCCCUAUGGUCAAGAUUGUUUUAAAGAGGAUGUUAACCUCACACGUGCAUCUCAAGCUACCACAAGAGGAAGAAAACAUGUUACAAUGAAAGAGUUCUUCUCAUACAUGUUGCAAGAAAGGAAGAGCGAGUCCCCUUACAUAUUGAGAUCGAAGAGAUUAUUCCGGAAAUUUAUUGUUGAUGGAUAUACCAUGAUUGAGUCAUGUCGUGUGACAUAUAUUAGACUACAUCAAAAGGACUUGCGAAGUGAACUAUAUACGGGAUUGGCUGAUGCUGUCGGUCAUGGUGAAACUGACGGAUCCAGGUUGGGACAACUCAUUGUACUUCCUAACUCAUUCACGGGAAGUGCACGUUACAUGAUUCAAAACUAUCAGGACGCGAUGAGCAUCUGCAGGUGGACAUGAUACCCACAACUCUUCAUCACGUUUACAUGUAACCCAAAGUGGCCUGAUAUUUUUCGCUACAUCGAGUGUAGAGGACUUGCUCCGGAUGAUCGUCCAAAUAUCAUUUGUAGAAUCUUAAGAUAAAACUUGAAAUGCUCAUAAAAGACUUGAAAGAAAAUAGACUAUUCAGUGAAGUUAAAGCAGUUGUAUACACUGUGGAGUUUCAGAAACGUGGAUUGCCACAUGCUCAUAUUAUGUUAUGGUUGACGCGAAAGGACACAACUAUAUUGGCAUCAGACAUUGACAACAUUAUCUCAACUGAGAUUCUGGAUGAGAAACAUGAGCAUGAUUAUUAUGUUGUUGUCAAAGAGUUAAUGGUGCACGGGCCUUGUGGUGUUCUGAACAAAUCUUCGCCGUGUAUGGAGAAUGGUCGCUGCACGAAAAACUUCCCGAAGAAAUUUGUGAGACGUACUACAAUUGAUGGAAGUGGAUUUCCCAUUUACAGACUAAGAGAAAAUGGAAGGAGUGUAAUAAAGAAUGAGACUCCUCUUGACAAUAGAUUUGCCAUCCCUCAUAACCGUACAUUAUUGCUCAAGUGUGGGGCUCACAUUAACAUUGAGUGGUGUAAUCAAACUCGUGCAGUGAAAUACCUCUUCAAGUACAUUAAUAAGGGUAAUGAUCGGAUCACGGUAGCAUUCUCUGAGGCAUCCAACAAUUGUAAGCCAGAAAAGGUCGAUGAGAUCAAAAUGUAUUAUGAUUGUACAUAUAUCUCUGCAUGUGAAGCAGCUGGGAGAAUCUUUGGAUUCCACAUUCAUUAUAGGGACGUCGCAGUUGAACGUCUAAGCUUUCAUCUCCCUGGGCAACAUAGUGUGUACUAUAAUCCUAAAGAGUCUGCCAGUUAUGUUCUUAGACGUCCUACUAUCCACACUACUAAGUUUCUAGCUUGGAUGCAUGCAAACAGUGUGUAUCCUCAAGCUAGGAGCUUGACUUAUGCUGAAUUUCCUACCAAGUUCACGUGGAAAACGAAAACGAGAGAGUGAGUACCAAGACAAAGAAGUACCGCAAUUGGAAGACUAUACUUCAUGCGACCUGGAGCCGGAGAGAAAUACUUCCUCCGUUCUUAAAUAAGUGCAACAGUCAACAUUUCACACUUGCCGAGACACAACUUUGACCAUUAAUAUAUAUAAUUCUCUAUUGGUAAAAAAUUUAAAAAAAUUAGUAUUUGAAAAUUUACAAUGAGACAAAUUUAAUAAUAUAUUUUUCAAAAAAAUAUAUUAAUACAUCAAUAAAUAAAAUGUAGUCAAAGUAGAACAUGUGAAUAGUGUAAAAUUUCACAUGUUGCACUUAUUUAAGAACGGAGGUAGUAUUAUUUAAGGAUGCUCCUUGGUGUCAUGAAGGGGUUCAGGAGUUUUGAAGAACUCAGAACAGUUGACGAUAAAGACUAUAUAGAUGGACUUAUAUAACAAAGUCAUUGGGCAACAACGCAUGAACUUCGCGUCACAUUUGUUCAUCUUUUACUACAAGAGUCAUUAUCUAUGCCCGAUAUGUUUAUUAUUUAAUGACAUUCCUUAAAUUUAGAUAAACUUAAUAAAUGCCAAUAUAUUAAGAGUGAUGUAGAUUUACAAUAAGCAAGAUGUUUUGUAAUUAAAAAAUAUUGUUUCAUAUAUAUUAUAGUUAAAGAUCAUUAUUCACUAUUAUCAAACAGUUGAGAAUUUUUAUUGUAAUAAAUUGCAUAUUGAUCUGAGGGUAAAAUUUACUCUUAUGUCGUAGAUAGUUUUUAAAUAUGAAGUACUUCUCUUAAAAAGUGUUCAAAAAUAGUUCAAUAUAAUCAAUUUAAUCAACGAUCUUUUUAGAUAGUAGUUGGUUUAAUAACUUGUUUCCACAUCAUCAUAUUUACAGAUGAAAGUCAAAUUGUUUAUGAUACACACAAAUUCAAUUAUUUAAGCAUAUAGAAAUUUAAAAUACAUCUUAAAUUUAUUAAUAUUAAAAUUGCACUAACCGUUAUGUUUUUUACAGAACUGCAGCUCGAUGAGAAGCAAAUAAAGAAUUAUUGUUUGUUGGAAGUUGAAAAACUUCUACAACAUCGUGGAAAGUCUCUAUUCUACUAUGACGGAAUGCCUCGAGUGACAGAUCUUGACAUUCCCUCUCUUGAUGAUGUUUUGAUACACGAGGAAUUGAGAUAUGACAGACUUGCUUUGGCGGAGGAACAUGCUAAAUUAAUCUCCGCCUUGACGGACGAUCAAAAGCGUGUUUACGAGACAAUAGUGAGUUCUGUAGAGGUCAACCGUGACGGUGUGUUCUUCUUAUACGGGCACGACGGUACAGGGAAAACAUAUCCGUGGAAGACCUUAUCAGCAUAUAUAAGACAUCAAGGAAAUAUUGUGUUGAACGUAGCUUCAAGUGCGAUUGCAUCAUUGCUGCAUCCAGGUGGAAGAACGGCACAUUCCAGGUUUAAAAUCCCACUCACAUCAGCGGAAGAUUCAACUUGCAAUAUAAAACCAGGAAGUGCGCUUGCGAAGCUGAUUCAAAUGACAAAAUUGAUAAUUUGGGAUGAGGCACUCGUGACUAAUAAGUUUUGCUAUGAAGCUCUUGAUAGGACUAUGCGGGAUAUUCUUCGACAUUCAUAUGGUUGUGAUGGAAUGAAACCUUUUGGUGGAAACACAAUUGUCUUUGGCGGAGACUUUAGACAGAUUUUACCAGUAAUUCCAAAGGGUAGCAGGCAAGAUAUUGUGCAGGCGACUUUAAACUCAUCCUUCAUUUGGCCGUUUUGCAAGAUACUGAAGCUAACGAAGAACAUGAGAGUGCGAAGUGGAUCAAACGAUCUUAAUUCUGCAUACAUACAGAGAUUCAUUGAUUGGAUUUUAAAGAUAGGGAACGAGGUUCUAGGUGACAAUGAGGAUGGAGAAUCAUAUAUUGACAUACCCGAAGAAUUCCUCGUGCCUUGGAUUUCUGAUCCAGUUACUUCUAUUGUCCAGAGUACAUAUCCCGAUUUCUUGGCACACUUCACAUCCCCUUCAUAAUUAAUGUCAAGAGCAAUACUUGCGCCAACAAUAGACGGGGUAGACACGAUUAAUGAUUACAUGCUCGCACAACUACCAUCAGAGAUGAAAACAUAUUUCAGCUCUGAUUCUGCAUCAUUAUCUGAUUCUGAUAGUUGUUUGUUGCAAGAGAUCCAUUCUCCAGAAUUCCUUAAUGGAAUCAAAUGUUCCGGAGUGCCUAGCCAUGAGUUAAAAUUAAAAGUGGGUGCCCCUGUGAUGCUUAUGAGGAAUCUUGAUCAAUCAUUGGGAUUGUGUAAAUGGCACUUGACUUUUAGUGACCAGACUUGGAAAGCAUGUUAUUGAGGCCCAAAUGUUGUCAAGGCCAACUGCCGGCCAAAAACAUUUCAUUCACUGUCUUACCUUGACUCCUUCUGAUGUCAGUCUGCCAUUCACCUUCCAGCGUAGGCAAUUCCCUCUGAUGGUUAGGUAUGCUAUGACUAUAAAUAAGAGUCAGGGCCAGUCAUUGGAAAAUGUGGGAAUAUUCUUAGAGCGACCGGUUUUCACCCAUGGGCAGCUUUAUGUUGCUGUAUCAAGAGUCACGAGUCCAGCUGGUUUGAAGUUUUUGAUAUGUGACGACAAUGGUAGACCGACAAACUCCACAUUAAAUGUUAUAUACAAAGAGGUAUCCCAGUCAACAUGAUGAACGUCAGGGGGCUCGCUGAUUUGAAGAAGAAAAAGCCCUCCAAGGCCCCGAGGGGAACGGAUGCUGGUGUCCCGAAACCCGCCGGUGACUUCUUCAAGAAGCCGGAGGGGCCAUCUGCGGCCCCAAAUACUGAUGCAGCUGCCGCUGCCAAGAG